AUGGAAACAGAAAUGGAAAAGGUCGACGAAGUGUCUGAAGAUUUACAAAUUCGCGAAAAAUGGUAUCAAAAGAUAUCUGUGGAACCUUCAUUGUUCUUAUACAUGAUGGCAUUUAUGGUGACGUCUGUGGUGGAGAACGUGUUCUUUGUCUACAAAGCUUGCACUGUAAAUCAUGGACAUCCACAUAAUAUUUGCAUCAACAUAGAAAAUUACAACGAAACAAAAAAAGAAGUUCAAGUAACCACAGCAGAUUUCUUUCAAUGGAAUUCCAUAGCUGGACAUGUAAUUCCAAUUAUUUUGGCCUUAUUUCUUGGUGCCUUUUCAGACAAACGAGGAAGAAAGUUGACACUUUUGAUGGGAUUGUUUGGAAAAUUUAUUUACUCAGUUAUGGUUGUAGUUAACACACUGCAACCAACAUGGCCUGUUGAAUAUGUCAUUUAUACUGCGACAAUUCCUUCUGCAUUUACAGGAGCUGAUGUUGCCAUCUUUGCUAGCGCUUUUGCAUAUAUUUCCGACAUUACAAGCGUUCAAGAUCGAACACUUCGAAUCACAAUACUCGACGUUUGUUAUCUUUCAACAAUGCCGACUGGAGUAGCUUUAGGCACUUAUCUCUUUAAUUAUUUCAACAAGUCAUUCACGAUAAUGUUCGUUAUCAAUGCGUCGUUGCUGUUUUUAGGAAUUGUUUAUACAUUGCUGAAUUUGAAGUGGCAAACAACGCCAAAACAACAACCUUUAACUGAUCUUCCUUGGACGAAAUGGAUUCCAGAUUUCUUUGACAAGAAGCAUUUCAUGUCAUCGAUGAAAACAUUAUGCAAACGUCGCAACAAUAACUAUCGAACAUACAUAAUUUUUAUGAUGAUCUCAAUGGCAUUUUACGCUUUUCAACGUGAUGAGAAACCUUAUCUUUAUCUUUAUACACAACUUCAAUUCAAUUGGACGACGGAAAUCUAUUCAAACUUCAAAACAUAUCAAAGUGCAGCUUUUGUUCUUGUCAUGUUGAUUGCCGUGCCGAUAAUGAACAAAUUGUUAAAGUGGAAAGACACAACAAUCGUUAUUAUCGGUGCGUCUGCUCAUUCACUCGGUCGAGUCUGUUUUGGACUUGCAACAGCUUCUUGGAUGAUGUUCUUAGGUGCAACAAUUGCUGCUCUUGGUCCAACAGUUGCACCAGCUUUAAGAUCAAUCACAUCAAAAUUGGUUCCAGUUGAAGAGCGUGGCAGUGUUUUUGCUUUGUUAUCUGUAUGUGAUAAUGCUGUGCCACUUCUAAAUGGUGUGAUGUAUACACAAGUUUAUAAAUGGACAAUUGAUUCACAUCCUGCUGGUAUCUUUUGGUUAACACUUGCUACGCAAAUGAUUGUUCUGGUUUUAGUUCUUCACAUUCAUCUUCGUAAACCAUUCGAUGAUCCAAAUCAAACAAAUGGAAGAAAACUUAUCGAAGAAUCAACUGAAAGAAAAUAA